UAUUUUUGAAGCUUUUAGAAUGUUCACGUAGUUUAAAAAAAAAAAAUUUAAAAUAAUUCGCAUAAUAAUUUCUUAGAAAAUUAAAUUUAUCUAAAAAAUAAAAAGUAAAAUAAUUAUGCAGUUAACUAACAUUACUUUAAGAGUAACAAGGACUUAUUGCUUCAAUGUCUUUCUCCGAACGAUAUCCACAUCUUCACAACUGCAGAAAUUAGCGGAAGUUGGAAAAUUGGAAUUACCAAAAAUCGAAGGGAAAUAUGAUACAGGACAAUUGUUUUUGCAUCGGGUUUUUGGUUACAGAGGUGUUAUAUUAUUUCCUUGGUAUGCAAGAGUAUUUGAUAGAGAUGCCCCAACCAAUAAGCUUGUAGAACCAGAAAAAAAAGUCGAAGGUGGCCCAAUUGAUAACAAGGAAAAUAAAAGCAAAAUGCACACUUUUUAUCAAGUUCUCAUUGAUACAAGAGAUUGCCCAUUUAUUAGAGCUCAAACGGAAGCUGUAACUUUUUUAAGCAAUCAAGAUUCAAAUCGAAGUUUAUAUGCGAUUCCUGGCUUGGAUUAUGUUGCUCAUGAAGAUAUAAUGCCAUAUACUUCUUCAGAAAAGAAUCCUCUUCAGCAUGAACUGUUUGAUAAGUUUUUAACACACGAUUCUAGUAAAGAUCCACCCUUUGUAGCUCACGAAACUCUAAAAGUAUGGCAAAAAAAGAAUCAUCCUUGGUUGGAAUUAUCUGACGUACAUAAAGAAACAACAGAAGGCGUUAGAGUUACAGUAAUUCCAUUUUAUAUGGGAUGUAGAGAAUCACCAGCAUCAUCUGUUUAUUGGUGGAGAUAUUGUAUUCGUUUAGAAAAUUUAGGUGAAUUAAGUGUCCAAUUAAGGGAAAGACAUUGGCGUAUUUUUUCAUUGUCUGGAACGUUAGAAACAGUGCGGGGCCGGGGUGUUGUAGGACAAGAACCAGUAUUAAGUCCAAGACUACCAGCUUUUCAGUACAGUAGUCACGUAAGCUUACAAGCUCCGAGUGGUCAUAUGUGGGGUACCUUUCGAAUGGAACGAGAAGAUGGGCAUACAUUUGAUUGUAGAAUUCCUCCAUUUUCUUUGGAAAGCAAACCUGAUGAAAGUACACCAUCUCAAACCAAUCCAACAGUCCCAGAUGAAACUGUGUAACACAGAUAUUAACGGAUGUCGAAGUUUUUGAAAUAUUUCUUUUUAAUUAUAUCAAAAUUGAAAUUUAAGAUUGUGCAAGAAAUUAUCUAAACCAGUUUAUGAAACGAUCUUCAUUAUAUUGAAAUUAUUAAAAUAGAU